UUUUUGUAGGUGGUUUCUGUUUAUCAUAAUACGUGGAAAUUAAAAAAAGUUUAUUUUUAUUAUUACAAUUUCGUAAUUUAGAUCAGAUUGUCUGGAAUUUUUUUUUUUAAAAUAAAUAAAAGUUUAAUAUGAGUACUGGAUCACGGGGCUCAAAUAUUGUCUUUGUUGGAAAUAUUCCUUAUGAACUCACCGAAGAUCAGUUAACGGAAGUUUUUAAAGAAGUUGGACCCGUAUUAUCUUUUCGUCUUGUUUUCGAUCGAGAUACAGGAAGACCUCGAGGAUAUGGUUUUUGUGAAUAUCAUGAUACUGAGACUGCAGCAAGUGCUGUACGUAAUUUGAAUAAUGUUGAAGUUGGCGGGAGACAAUUAAGAGUUGAUUAUGCUGAUGGUGAUCCAGCAGCUUCUUCUUCAUCAGCUUCACAGGGCGAAAGAACGAAUAAUGAACAACAACAACAGCAGCAGCAACAACAGCAACAACAACAACAACAGCAGCAGCAGCAGCAGCAACGACAACCGCAGCCACAACCACAGCCACAACCACAACCCCCACCACCAUCACGACAAACACCACCUCCUCAAAUUGUUUCACCACCAUCAACUACAGCACAACAGCAACAACAAACGAUAGAAAAUAUGUCACAAGCUGAAAAUUCAAUGAAUCAAGCUCAACUUCUUGAGAUUUUGUCAACAAUGAAGUUAUACAUUCAAACUCAUUAUGAACAAGCUCGUAUACUAUUAACGCAAAAUCCUCAAUUAUCAUAUUCAUUAUUUCAAAUAAUGGUACAAUUAAAUCUUAUUGAUCCAUCAAUAUUACCGAGUUUAUUGGCCCAAACCGCGCCGCAGCAACAAAAUCAACCCGCACCGGUACAAAAUACUAAUCAAGUAGUUAAUUUUGGACCUCCAAACGUUACUCCAAACGUUCCUCCAGCUCCCGUAGUACCACAACAUCAACCUCAACCACAACAUCAACCUCAACCACAACAUCAACAACAACAUCAACAACAACAUCAACAACAACAUCAACAACAACAUCAACAACAACAUCAACAACAACAUCAACAACAACAUCAACAACAUCAGCAACAACAGCAGCAACCACCACCAAUGUAUGGAAUGCCACCACAACCGCAACCAAUGAUGCAGCAACCCAUGCAACAACAACCGAUUCAACCUUCUCCCAUACAACCACCACCAAUGCAGCAACAACCACCACCCAUACAGCAAUCAAUUCCUCAACCCUUACAACAAGCAAUACAACCACCAAUGGGUAUGCCAACCGGAAUGCUAUCGGUUAUGGGCAAUACAGGAACUCAAACAUCAUAUGUUGGUGGAAAUGUAAACUUAAACGAUUUACAGAUACAGGAAGCAAGCCAAAAGCAGCUUCUUUUGCAAGUGCUUAAUCUUCCACAACAGCAAAUUGACUCACUAUCACCUGAACAACGUAAUAGUUUAAUUGCACUGAAAAAUCAACUUUUACUUCAAACGAGGCAGACGUAAGUGGAAAAAAUAAUAAUAAUGGGUAUUAAGGGUUAUUUAAAAAGGGCAAUUAUAGAAUAUAGAAUUUAUUUAAUUGUAAUUUUGGUGUAAUUUAUAAAAAAAAAAAAUAUUUUAUAAUUUAACAAGUUUCUUAAUAACACUAUAUAGUAGUUAUACAUCUGAACUUUUUUGGUAUACAGGAUUUAUGAACUUUUGGAAUAAUUAGAAAAUGCGCUAGCGCUAAUUUGUUAUACACGUAGAUUCUGGUUUACUUAUAAUUGUUCCUUUUUUCGAUACUCAUGCCCUUCAUAAUAUUAUCAUUUUUAAUGAAAACAUUUGGAAAAUUGUUUUAAAGUAAAUUGGCUUACCUGAAAAUAUUAUAUUAUUAAUUAUCUAUGAACAAUAAUUUUAAAAUGAGAGUAUGAGACAUCAAAUAAGUAUUAUGAGUAUACAUAAAAAGAUGCAUCAAAAUUUACA